CUCGGUCUUGGCAGGACUACUCGAGCCGCGCUCCUCGCAGACGUGCAAUAUCGUGAACCUCUCGUGCAAUCCCCCGUUGUUGUGUUUGAAUCGUUCGGAUCUCGGUUUCGGGUGUUGUUACUGUGUUGUGCGAGGUUUUGUUUCCCGGGCGUCGCGCGGAGUGACCUCGAGUGGUGUUCGCCCCCUUCGGAUUGUUUGGCCUUGUGCGUUCGGUUUCCUUUGUUGAAGCCCGAGCCAAGACGGCCGGGAGAGCGAGAGAGAGGCAGCGCCUCCUCGCCCCCUCCCCUCGUGCGGAUUCUCGCGGUGCGCGCGGCGUCUCCCCCCGCGGCCCCUACGGCGGCCAUCCUGUCUCUGUCGCUCCGGCUCCGCGCAGCAGAUCACGCCGGAAAAUCCCGUCGGAAUUUCUCCAGUUUCCCGCGACGCCCGCCAUGGUGGUAGUGUGAACCCUCUCCAAGUUACCCUCUCGUUCCUCGAUCCUUUUGUUUUUGUUUUCGGGUGUGUUGGUGGAUGGUGUGAGCGUGCCCGCGAGUGUCUCCCAAAUGAUACGGCGCGCCAGGCGCGUUUGAUCCCCCGUUCGACCCCCGAGUGAUGUCAGACCAGCGCGGGAUGUGGGGAAAUUCGCGGCCCGAAGACAGCAACGUCAACGCCUGGUGGCAGAACAGCUCGGACGCCAAUGCGACAACCCAGCAGCUCCUGGCUGCCCACCAGCAGCAACUGGUGGCGGCCCACCAGCAGGCCCAGGUGGCCCAGAGCACCGCGGCGGCGGCCCACCAGUUGUUCUCGUACAAGAUGGCCACGAGUUUUAACAACUCGGCGCCCCAGACGACGGUGUCGUCGUCCAUGUCCCCCCAGAACUACUACCGGAAUCUUCAGGCCGGCAACGCCAGGCACGACGACGGCGGGAUCACGGCCAGCCAGGCCGCCGUCGCCGCCGGCUGGUGGUACAACCCUAGUUUACAGAACAAUAUGGCCAAUAUGCAGAAUUUCCAGCAGGCGCAGAAUUCACAUUCGUUACUGAACAGACAAAGAAAUAUGCCUAGAGGAGGUAAAUCAGACGCUAAGCCCAGGGGUCGUAUGACCGCCUACGCUUUCUUCGUUCAGACGUGCCGAGAGGAACACAAGAAGAAGCACCCCACUGAAAACGUAGUCUUCGCCGAAUUCUCCAAAAAGUGCGCCGAAAGAUGGAAGACCAUGUCCGACAAGGAAAAGAAGCGCUUCCACGAAAUGGCAGAGAAGGACAAGAAGAGGUACGAGUCAGAGAUGCAGAACUACAUUCCUCCCAAGGGUGAGAAGGUUCGCGGAAAGAAACGCAAGCACUUCAAGGACCCCAAUGCACCCAAGCGAGCUCUGUCCGCCUUCUUCUGGUUCUGUAAUGAUGAACGUGGAACCGUCAAGGCAGCAAACCCCGAAUACGGUGUUGGAGAUAUUGCCAAGGAAUUAGGGCGCAGAUGGGCCGACUGUACCUCAACAAUGAAGCAGAAGUACGAAGCCAUGGCCGAAAAGGACAAGGCCCGUUACGAAAGGGAAAACAAUGAGUACAAGAAAAAAUCAAAGCCUAGCGUGGCACCAACCGUCGCACACGAAGAAGAUAUCGAUGACGAAGAAGAGGAGGAUGAGGAUGAUGACUAAGCGUUCACUGCUGGAACUCCUCCCUUGUACAUAAAUAGCUCCCAUGCUUUCAGACUCCCUUAAAUAUAUGUAUGUAAUUUUAAGUAAGAAGUUAAUUGAUGCAGCCCACAUUGACAGAAAGAAACGACCUUGAAAGUGGAAACGUAUAUAUAGCGAUAAAGAAAACACUUGUACAGAGCAUGUAUUUUCAAAUGUUGUUUCUCCACAGGGCCAUACGCCAUGCCUCUGUAGAACCUUGCUAAUUAACUCAGGUGAGAAAUGAAUUUAUGUAUAUGUGAAAGCCUCUCAAUUUUUAUUUAUUCCGUUCUACGUCCUUUGUGUUCUCGACAAGUUUUAAGUUUUUCUACAGACGUUUCCGCGAGGAGCCGCAUGGUUUCUUGGUUUUAAUUUUUUAAAGCAAGUCUUCAAACAAUUAAUGAAUUAAUUUCCUCCUCUUCUUUGUUUUUAUUGUAAGCGGGUUCAGCCUCACGGUUCCGAGUGAAAAACAGUUGUAACUCAGGGAUUCUUGAAGUGGCAGUUAGAAUAGCGAAGCUUUUCUCUCAAAGAGUGCUUUUCGUAAAUAUCUCACGUAAACUUACUCAUUUUUUUUACAUAAAAAAUAACGUUCUCCAUAAGCAUGCAAAACUUUUAAUGUUCCGAACUUGGAUUUUACCUCGUUUUUUUAAAUAAAAAAAUGCUAUCUUUUUUUAAAAGUCAUAUUUUAGUUGAACCAAUUUUAGCAUGAAAAAGUAAUUUUAAUUCAUGUACAUAAGCUCAGAAUGUUGAAGUAUAUGCUAAAAAAAUCUUGGAUAUUUUUUAUGUAUGGAACUGUAAUUUUUGGGCCUUGUUCAUGACGAAGUGGCUAUUUUACCCUGUAGGACAUUGUUCAUUUUCCCAUGAUUUUAGGUUUUAACGAAGAUCGUUUAAAGUUUUGCGUCUCGCCACACGCAACGUCUCUUGAGGAAUAAGCAACUGUUAUAACUUUCAAGAUUUGUAAAUGUCUAAUUUUCUCCCGAGGGUUUUUUUUUAUGUUGGUUUGAAUUUUCACCGCUCCUCUUUCCCAUGAAAAUAAACUAAUUUGCUUUUUAAUGUACGAUGUAAUUAAGACUGUAAAAAUUGUAAAUUAAUGCCUCCCUCACCCCCUUGUUACAACUUAGCGAAAAUUUGAAAAGCAAGGAUUUCAGCUCUUUUCAACUAAUGUUUUCGAGUCUGAAAAGCACGUUACAAGUGUCGACAUUGAAAAAAAUCUUAAAUUUUCAUAGCUAUUUUUGUACAACUUUUAAGCGCUAGUGAAUAAAAUUUGCAGUUCCAUGU